AAAACAAACACACCCUAAUCGUUUACUCCUAAAAAUUGUAAAAUGAAUGAUGAUUGAUGAAUGUGGUUCCACGCGAAAAUCGUGGCUCGCAUGUUUCUGUCUGCACAUCAACCAAAGCCUCUAUUGUUCAAACUAGCACUCCUGCCUCACUUGCAUUCCUUUACUUCCCGCUGUUACUUCCUCUCCCAAGCCUCUUUACCAUGCCGUUCCAUUUCUUCAUAUCGUGACCCUCUUGUUACUUUCUUACUCGAUGCUCUGAAAUGUUCAUCCUCUGUCUCUUGCUGCAGGGUCAUCCAUGCCCGUGUAAUCAAAUCGCUGGAUUUCAGAGAUGGGUUUAUCGGUGAUCAACUGGUAUCAAGUUACCUCAACAUGGGCUUGAUCCAUGACGCAGAGAAGCUGUUCGACGAAAUGGCCAACAAGGAUUUUGUGUCGUGGAACUCCUUGGUUUCUGGGUUUUCGAAAAUGGGCCACCUUGGCAGGUGCAUCAGUUUGUUUUCUAUGAUAAAAUCUGAGUAUGGAUUGGAAUUGAACGAGCUUACACUACUAUCUGUUAUCUCGGUUUGUGCUUCUGCUCAGGCUAGGGAUGAAGGUCAGUAUCUUCAUUGUUGUGCAUUGAAGUUGGGUAUGCUUUCUGAGGUGAAGGUUGCUAAUUCUCUUAUUAAUAUGUAUGGAAAGUUUGGUUGCGUUGACUGUGCUUUCAGGUUGUUUCAGGCUAUGUCAGAGCCAAAUAUGAUAUCGUGGAAUUCGGUGGUUGCUUCCUGCACCCAAAAUGGAAUCCCCAUUGAAGCUAUUAACUAUUUUAAUAUGAUGAGGAUGAAUGGAUUUUUUCCUGAUGAGGCCACAAUGGUGAGUUUGCUUCAAGCCUGUGAAAUUUUGCCUUUAGGAAUGUUGAUCGAGGCCUUACACAGUGUAAUCUUCACCUGCGGGCUUGAUUCAAAUGUGACAAUUGUUACCACACUUUUGAACUUGUAUUCAAAGUUAGGGAGAUUGGACGCUUCUAAAAAGGUCUAUGCUGAGAUAUCUAAACCUGAUAAAGUGGCAUGGUCUGCAAUGAUUGCAGGCUAUGCCAUCCAUGGGUGUGGGAAAGAGGCAAUAGAGUUCUUUGAAAGGACUGUAAUGGCAGGUAUGAAGCCUGAUCAUGUUACUUUUACUCAUUUGUUAAGUGCUUGUAGCCAUUCAGGGCUUGUCAAGGAAGGAAAAUACUAUUUCCGAAUUAUGUCUGAUGUUUAUGGGGUUCAACCCCGAUUGGAUCACUAUUCAUGUAUGGUUGAUCUUCUUGGGCGCUGUGGUCUUCUUAGUGAUGCUCGUAACCUGAUUAUGCACAUGCCAUUACAACCAAAUUCUGCAGUCUGGGGUGCCCUUCUCAGUGCUUGUCGUGUUUAUGGUAACAUUGAUCUUGGGAAGGAAGCUGCAGAGAAUUUGAUUGCCUUAGAUCCGUAUGACCCUAGAAACUAUAUUAUGCUUUCCAACAUAUAUUCUGCUUCAGGCCUAUGGAGUGAAGCGUCAAAACUGAGGACCUUGAUGAAGAGAAAUGUUCUAACUAAAAACCCUGGAUGCAGCUUUAUCGAGCAUGGGAAUAAAAUCCACCGGUUUAUGGUGGAUGACUAUUCUCACCCUGAUUCAGACAAAAUACACACGAAGCUUGACGAACUUAUAAGAAAAAUUCAAGAGGUUGGCUUUGUGUCUGAAACUGAAUCCAUUCUCCAUGAUGUUGAUGAGGAGGUCAAAAUAAAUAUGGUCAACAAGCACAGUGAGAAGAUAGCUCUUGCAUAUGGACUUUUGGUUACUAACGCUGAUAAGCCACUAGUUAUAAUAAAGAACCUUAGAAUUUGCCGUGAUUGUCAUACCACCGUGAAAUUUGUCUCUCAGAUUGAGAAGCGUGUUAUCAUUAUUCGAGAUUCAAAGCGAUUUCAUCACUUUUCAGAUGGAUUAUGUUCUUGUGGUGAUUACUGGUAGUGGUCUCCGGAAUUUGCUGUGAUUGUCACACCACUGAGAAAUUUGUCUCGCAGGUUGAUAAGUGUGUUAUCAUUAUUUGAGAUUCAAAGAGGUUUCACCACUUUUCAGAUGGAUUAUGUUCUGUGGUGAUUACUGGUAGUGGUCUCCGUUGAAUCUGGCAUCAUUCAAAUUUUUCUUGGUCGCUAAAGCCCAUGUGUUCCACGUUGAAUGAAGGAAGACCUCUUAGCUGCUCAGUCUCGUGGAACUGAUUUGCUGCAACAUGGAGAACAAUAACUUCAUCAAUAAUUAACUUCACUCAGGGAACCUCUACUCAUUCUUUGCUGAGCUCCUAGUUCUAAGAGGUAUCAUCAACCAGUCAUGGAGUAACAGGACCUUUGACAUAUGUGGUUGCAUAUCUUCGACCCGUCUUCCAACCACUGCACCAUCAUCAACCCUCUGUCACUGUUUACUGCCACCACAUCACUUUCAAUCCUCUGCGGCUUCGACACCCAUGAGCCCGUAUCUUCCGCAGAUCACUUCUGAGGUUUAGGUGAGGUCAAGGUCAAGAAGCAAACCUGUCUAUUUGUUUCUAGAUAAAUAGCACAAGAUAUAAAGCAAUCAUAACAAGUGGUUGAUUACUACAUAAUGGAUAUAACCUUGUUAUGUUUACACUAAAAA